AUGGCCAUGGCAGCUGCAAACUUUUGCUCGUUCGUCCGCGGCCCCAUAACGAGUCGUGCUUUUACACAUGUUCUUCAGUUUUCGUCCGCUUGCUCUUCAUUUUUGCCGAACCCCCUCCAAGAAUCCAUACGGGCCGCAGUGGAGUCCAAGACAUACCACAAAAUACCCGAUAUCCUCAAUGCCGCAAUGCCGUCAUCCCACCAACAAAGCCAAAGCCCGAAUCCAUUUUCAUUUCUCUCUUCACUCCCGGGAGCCCACAAGGCCCGCACGGUAGACAAAAUCCUACAGUCUUUCAUCCCGAUUCGGCCACGCUCCGGUCCACGCCUCGCCUACUCGUACCUCCUUUCCUUCACGCUUGAGGGCCCGGAUCCUCUGCCUCUCGGGCUCGCCGUCCUACAGCGCACCCUCCGCUCGGGCUGCCUUCCCUCCCCUCAGACUCAUCUCACGCUCUCCAAAGCGUGGCUGGACAGGCGGCUUCUGAACAAGAAUCAUACGGCUUCAAGCAUGUUAACCGAGAUGCGUUCGAUCGGGUAUUCCCCUGACUGUGGGACGUGUAACUAUCUCGUUCAGUCCCUCUGCAAAGUCAAUAAAGUCGAAGAAGCAGUGGAAGUCGUGCGGGCCAUGGGCAGAGCCGGGUGUGCUCCGGAUUUGGAUAGUUUCGGCACAUUGAUAGGUGAGAUGAGUGAGUUUCGGAUGAGUAGUGGGAUUUUGAAGAUGUUUAAGGAGAUGGUGAGGGGGUACGGGCUGAGCCCGAGGAAGGAGAUAGUUGUGAAGGCGGCCAAUGCCAUUCGGGCCAAUAGGGACGCGUGGAGAGGUGUUGAGAUGGUGGAGUUUCUUGAGGGUGAGAAUGUGGAUGUGGGGUUCGAGGCGUAUGAGUCGGUUCUCGAAUGUUGUUUGGAGGCUCGCGAGUUCGUUUUGGCGGGAAAGUUUGCGGUGAGGAUGAGAGGGAGGGGUUUUAUACCCUACAUAAGGGUGAGGCAGAGGGUGUUUGAGGGUUUGGUUGGGGUGGGGGAGGUAGAGCUGGCAAUGGUUGUCAGGCGGAGAUUUGCCGAGUUUUGA